CGUGGCUGCGGCAUUAAAGAGAGUCAUGCUCUCUGUCCACAGGCAAGGUGCGCUCAGGAUGGUCACCAAACGAGAUAUCUAAAACAAACGUCUUGUUCCUUCACCGGCGCUCUCGAAGAACACGUUGGAACGGCCCGUCGACUUCUGGAAGGGGUUGAUGAUGUCGUCACCUCGUUAGCGUCGACCACCGGGGCGAAGCAGAGGAGGAAAUGGGUCAGGGUGAAGCAGUCUAUAAUGGCAAAGAAAGAGGAAUUAAAGACCAUCCGCCUCAAGAUAUGGGACCUUUUACAAGUCUAUCAAGUGAGCCCGAGGAGAGGACUCAAGACCCCAGCCUUUCUCCGCGGCCUGCUUGGUUCCUUAUUUGCCGCGUAUACGGGGGCCCCAGAAUGGCGCGGCGCGGUUGUUUGUGACACGGCAAUGUGUCACCGUCAAUCAUCAAGGACGUGGGAAAUAGAAUACCAGUUCCCGCUCUGGUUUGCAAACUGGAAUAUCCACGCCCUUAUGCACAUGGCAUCGACAGGCGGCCCUACGCUGUGUGUAGUAGUCAGGGAGCGUGUCGAGUACCGGUUCGAUAACAUCUUCCGGGCCGUCGAUUCCAACAACGUCGACGCUAUCCAGGCCAUCCUCCAGAGGAAUCCCGACAGUGUCAACUAUCGGUUACAUCGCGACGGCUUUACCCCAUUUCACUACGCUUGCUUGCGGCCAACCAAGAUUUCCUUCCGCGUCUUCCAACUUCUGCUGCGGGCUGGGGCAGAUCUCGAUGCCGAGAAUGACUCUGGUCGGUCGGCGCUAAGCUAUGUAGCUAGCCAUAUAGUGUUAGGCGGGUUCCCAGACGCGCAUACACAGGAGAUAUCCAGAUGGGUCUCGAUGUCGCGUAUCGUGCACGAAUUGGAGCUCUCCCCCGUCGCCGAGGUAGCCGUAGGACUGCGCGUAGGAGACAUCACACAGAUGUUGCGAGCCCUGCCCCCAUCAGAGCUCAAACUCACUGAUUUCGACAACACCGGCUCAACCCCGCUGUGUUGGGCGUCCAAGGCGGGUAAUCUUAAAGCGAUUCAGGCCAUUGUCAAGAUUGGGGGUGUUGACAUCAACCAACCCACUAGCACGGGCAACACGCCCCUGAUGUGCUCGUUCGCGCUGCAGAACCAGGUCGGCGAGCUAAUUGACUGGCUCCUCGACAACGGCGCAGACCCGGCGCAGCAGAACCGCGACGGCUAUAACGCCUUCACCUUGGCGUGCUACAUUAGAUCCUUCGACGUGGUCCAAAAGCUAAUCGAGCGGGGCGUCGACCCCGACAUCCGCGACGGCCAGGGCAGGACCGGGCUCUGCACCUCGGUCGCGUACGAUCACGAUCACAUCGCCCGGUACCUGUGCAAGCUAGGAGCAGAUGUCAACGCCGUCAAUGCUCGGGGCUUCGUUCCGCUCUUGGUUGCGACGGGAUAUAACGCACAUCGCUGCCUGCGGAUGCUAUUAUUCGAAACCGAGGCCGACCACCUAUUCCAUGCCCACGACAACUGGAACCUAUUGCUGCAUGCGGGCUCCUGCGGCGAUGUCAUGACAAUGAAUAUUCUCGCGGAUCAUGGCCUGAGGGGUCUGGACGUCCAGGCUAAGAGUAGCAACUUAACGGUCGAGGAUACAUUUUUCUCCCGUCCAGCUGCCGCGUCCGAGUCGAUGUUGGUGGCGUUUAGAAACCUGAUUGCUGUGGUGGAGCGGAACACUGCAAACAUGCCGCUUGAAGAAGUAGUCCAGGCGGGGGAGGACACCGAGGAGGAGGUGUAUUUUGAUACUGUAUGUACACUAUAAGUGGAUAAGGGAGGUAUAGGGAAGACGUGGAAAAUUCAAGCUUAUGCAUUGACUGGCGCAUCUUUGGCCAGGAGGUUCGUGGCUCAAAGAACCUUGGCCUAUUCGUGCACUCUCGCCCACUAAGGAUUUCCCUUGACGCCCUUUUCCCGCCCACGGAUUAGAACUCAAGACCGAGAUACGGAGCCGAUCCAUACCUGCGUUCCGGCGACCCCCUGUUCGCAGACCGGACGGCGAGCGCCAGUCUGGGCACGCUUCGAGGGGUUUCGUAGCGGCGGCCGAGUUUUGCGAGCAUAUCAGCUACAAGUCCCUGAUUCAGAGGCCUUGAAGAUACCUUAUCGAGGAAUGCGGACCGUUUGCGUUAGAAGAGAUGACACGGUUACGUCGAGAGAACGUCAAGAACCUCUAGCCUUUAUGUUGUUAGCAUCUAACGUUCAAUGUUACCUAGUACCUAGGUAACCACUUAAUUACCUGCACGUUCGAG